AAUUACGCCAUCUUUAAAAGUAAAUCCGUUAUCCUUAGACUUGACGUGUCGUCUGUUAAUUUUUAUUUAUUAUUUUAUUUUAUUUUAUUUUUGGUCUUUAAUUUAAUUUACAAAUUCCCUGUCAUUAAUUAGACAAAUUUAUUUUUUUUUCUAAAUCUAAAUUUCCAAAUUGUAAAAGUAUCAAUAUGGACGGCGGUGGAUAUUCUGGAGACGCUGACCUGGGCAACAGGACAACGCAAUCAAUUUCGAGUAAAAAAUUGCAACAAACUCAGGCUAAAGUCAAUGAAGUUGUUGAUAUCAUGAAAGUAAAUGUUGAAAAAGUUUUGGAAAGAGAUCAAAAACUGUCAGAGCUUGAUAAUCGCGCAGAUGCGUUGCAACAAGGUGCUGCACAAUUUGAACAGCAAGCUGGUAAAUUGAAACGGAAAUAUUGGUGGAAAAAUUUGAAAAUGAUGAUUAUCAUUGGUAUUAUUUGCACAAUUAUACUGAUUAUUAUAAUUGUAUCAUCAUUACCAAGUUCCGACGCACCUGAACCUAAAGAAAGUCAUUAACAACAGAUUUUUAAAAAACCAGUAAACUAUUUUUAUAUCCUAUGUCGUUAUAUAUGGGUUUAUUAUGAAAUGAAAGUAAUAAAAACAAUAAUAUAAUUAAAUAA